AUGCUGCUUACCAAAAGAUUUGCAAAGCUAUUCAAGCUGACGUUCUUAGUUUUGAUAUUAUGCGGGCUGUUCGUCGUUACAAACAAAUACAUGGAUGAGAACACGUCUGUCAAGGACUACAAAAAGUACCUGCUCGAUAAUAUCAACAGUUACUCUAGCAAGCAUUCUUCUUCCUCAGACAACGCUGGUGCAGACGAUUCCAGUUCAUUGAAGGGCAAUGAUAAGGUAAGUAAUGAAAAGUUAAAAAGCUUUUAUAACAAUGUUUUCAACUUCCUGAUGCUGGAUUCACCCACGGGGAAGUCUGCAAGAAAAUACAAUGAGGCAUGUCAGUUGAGCGGUGACAUUGGAGAUCGUCCCGAUCAAUAUGAAGAACUGUAUAAGUUAUCUGCCAACGAGCUGUCUAAGUGUUUGGAACUAUCUCAAGAUGAAGUAGCAAGAUUGACCAAAAGCCAUAAGGAUUAUGUGGACCAUAUAGCCUCUCUAGCCCUACCAAAGGGCACUUACAAAGGCUCUGGUAUAGCCACCGUUGGUGGUGGUAAGUUUUCUCUUAUGUCCUUUUUGAUCAUCAAGACACUAAGAAAUAUGGGGACGACUCUUCCUGUAGAGGUACUCAUUCCUCCUGGUGAUGAAGGUGAAAGUGAAUUCUGUAACAAAAUUUUGCCCAAUUAUAACGCCAAGUGUAUCUACGUUUCAGAUAUCCUUCCCUUGGAGACGAUUGAAAAAUUUACUUUCAAAGGAUACCAGUUCAAAUCAUUGGCCCUUGUUGCUUCUAGUUUUGAAAAUUUGCUUUUAUUGGAUGCUGAUAAUUUCCCAAUCAAACCUUUAGACAAUAUAUUCAAUGAGGAACCAUAUUUAUCAACAGGCUUGGUCAUGUGGCCCGAUUUCUGGAGGCGUACCACUCACCCAUUGUACUACGAAAUUGCAGAUAUUACUGUAAAUAUGAAGAAUAGAGUCCGUAACUCUCAAGACGAUCUCACCCCUCCUGCUAUAUAUACAAAGAAUUCGAAUGACUUGGGUGGCGUUCCACUGAGUGAUCUAGAUGGUACAAUUCCGGACGUCUCUACAGAAUCUGGCCAGUUGAUGAUAAACAAAACCAAGCAUUUGGCUACUGCCUUGUUAUCCUUAUUCUAUAACGUCAAUGGCCCAAACUGGUAUUACCCAAUAUUCUCUCAAAAAGCAGCAGGUGAAGGUGAUAAGGAAACGUUUAUUGCCGCCGCUAACUUCUAUGGUCUAUCUUUCUAUCAAGUUAAAACUAGGACAGGGGUCGAAGGCUACCAUGAUAAGGAGGGAUUUCAUGGUGUAGCAAUGUUACAACACGACUUUGUCCAGGAUUAUAGCCGCUAUUUAACUGCUUCCAAGAGCAUCACCAAUAAGUACAAGGACAUUAAAUCAUCUGCUGCCAUCAAGUACGACAAGAAUUACUCUCUUGAAAAAUAUACCAAAGAAUUUUUUGAUAACGAGGACUUGAAAGCCAAGGAUCAUGUAGAUGUUAUGUUCAUUCAUUCAAACUUGCCAAAGUUCGACCCAUACACUCUAUCUGAAACCAAUUUUUUGACCACAGAUGAUAAACCUGCCCGUUCAUUUACCGCCUUACAUAAGGUUCAGAAUUACGAUAUCGAACUGGAGAAUUUCAAAGUUUUAAAGGAAUAUGUUUGUGAUAAAAAGAAUCCUUUCAAGUACUUGGACGAUAAAUUAGGUGAAGACAAGAAAGAAUGGAGAAGAAUGUGUGAUUACAUCGCCAAAAGACUGCAAUUUUUAGAAUCUACUCACGAUAAGGUGAUUGCCGGUAAUUAA